UCAAAAAAGUAGAGAGCAGGCCGAAGGGAAGGGAGCGCUCCGUUUCUCUCUCUAGGACGACGCGACCUGCUCGGCCUUCUCUCUACCCCUUGGCCGAGCCUUGGAAACUAUUUCAUCUCCGGUGGAACUAGGCAGGUCUCUCUCUCUCUCUCUUUGCCCUGCCUGCCUCCGUGCCAUGCUGCUACUGCUCCACCUCUAGCUGCUUCUCCUCGCGUGCCUACCUACUCUCUCUCCCUUCGUCAUCUUCUUCCUCCCAUCUCCUGUCGCCUAGAGCUAGCUGCGUGCCUCCCACGUGCCGACGUCGUCUCUGCCGGCGCGGGUCUCGGUCUCUCCGGCGUCCUACCGAUCGGAAAUUGUCCAGGAGGGGUGGCGCUGGGCCGGGCCGGGCCGGCCUGGUGGAUGGCAUGAGCUGGCGGCGGCCCGGAUGGUCCCGGCUCGGAACCUGCAGCUCCUCCGCGACGCGCAUGCCACGCCCUUCCUCCGCGACGUCGCCGCGGGCGUCGACGCUGUGACGGCGCAGCAGCCGCCGCACAGCCAUCACAUGGCCCAGGAGCCCAUUAACCAGGACCCGCCAAAGAACCAGCCGCCGCCGCAGCAGCAAGUACACCAAGACCAGGAGGAGCGCCGCGGGGAGGCUCCAGUCGCGUUGCCGCCGCACCCCGCAGGCACAAGCGGCAGCAGCAGUGGCGGUAGCAGCAGCAACGGCGGCGGCGGCGGGGCCGGGGACUGGCUGCGCCUCGGCCUCGGACCGGCGUCCCCGGGACCCAGUGGCGCCGCUCCCGAGAUCAACCUCUUCGGGCCGGACCCCUCGGGGACGGCGCGGCCGAUGCUCCGGGGCAUGGCCGCGCCGCCCGGGGCCUUCCUGCGCACCGCCAUGCCCGGCAUUCCGCAGCCGUCCAUACAAAUGACCCUGGCGCGAGCCGGCCAGCCCUGGCUGCCGCCGUGGAGCCCCGCGGCGCAGCAUCCGCCGCCGCUCCAUCUCCCGUUCGCGCCGCGCGGGUUCUACGCGCCCGGCUCGCCGGCCGCGGCCGCAUCCGGCUUCGACACGAUCAGGGUCGUGCUACCACCGCCGGCGCUCACCGCGGCCGCCGGCGUCUGGUUCUUCCUCCAGGCCGCGCCCCACCAGGGGAGGGAGCCCUUCUUGCCUCAGAUUCCAAGAAGCUACUUAAGAAUCAAAGACGGAAGGGUGACAGUUAGGUUGUUGAUCAAGUACCUGGUUAACAAGCUUGGACUGGAGGAUGAAUCAGAGAACUCUGGACAAUUAUGUUUCAACUGCAUUUAUGGAUUUCUGCAUUGUGAGAAAAAGGAGUUAUACAAAUUAAUCAGUAUCGUAGUGGAAGUAUGGAUCAAGAUUCAACCCAUUUCUAUUUUGUAUGCACUGAAAAAUAUGAUUUAGCUUUAUUAGAACUGCGACUUUAUUCGACUCAUUUUUUCCCCAUGAACGUGAGAACAGUUAGUGUCAAAUUUAAUUUAGUUUUAAGUGAUUCGAUUGAUGCUUUGAGUCACCCAUAUAUCUUGACCGAUGAAUUUAACCCUUUUGGUGAGGUCACAGAUGCGUAUACGAUUUCCUGGAGGUAGGUUAGGUAUGUUGUAUAUCUCCUAUAUGUUGUUAGUAUUAGAUCAUGCAGUGGACCACUGAUAAUAUAUUCGUUAUUCGAUGAUACGUUUGGAAGUAUACUAUAGCUAAUUAUGUUGGAUGUUAUUGAUGAACUGAACUUACGUAUCCUACUCAGCUAGAUCAAAUGAUCAGUUUUUCACAAGUAGAAGAAACUCUCUGCAUGCCGGAUUGUUAGUUUCACUUGAGCUGGCGUUUGAGAGGUUAAGCAUGUGAGCACAGAUGAGCCCCAUUUAUCAUUCAUGCAUCUAGGCACUGUCCUACAUACUGCCAUAAACCAGCCAUAUCCUUGGGACCAAUCAUCAGCUCGAUUCUCGAUUAUUAAUUAGUAUGAAUCACGAGGGUCCAUUUUGGGCUCUGUACCAUAAUCUGCUGUCAUUGUCAACAAUGUCGGUGGUGCGAUAUCAUCUUAAAAUCAUAAUCAGCAGUAGGGCCGGGCGUCCUUGUCAUUGCCAUGGAAAUGGCAUGUUUGGUGGAGGAGCACGGUCAGAGAAGCUAGAACACUUGCACGCUCAUCUUGGGCAGUUUGGGGAGGGAAGAUGAACCAUUCUAUCAAUCAGCAUCCAGUGUAGAUUAGGCUCAGUAAGUGUAAAUUUUUUGUCUUAACUUAGAUUAGCACUUGUACCAGCCAUUGACUUGAGCCUGAGCUGAUCAUUAGUUAAAGAAAGUAAUACAUUCAUGGACAUGACAGGUAAUAAAUUAUGUAGGCAAGAGUUGUAGCAGUUUGGCAUCUCAGAUCCAAGCACGUUUAGUAUACUGUAGCUUUGGUUUGUUGGGCUGGGCAUCUCACAUGUGGCCGUGGGAGAGAAGGUAAUGAAAUGCCAUCAUCAGAAACUAACAGGGGAAUCAGACAUCAGCAUCAGGCAUGCAUCACUUGGACCUGCCUGCUCUUUUAUGUAUCGUACUUUUAUAGGGCAUCAGCCAUGCAAUUGUAGUGUAUGUUUAAGUGGUUGUACAAAGGAGAAAGUCCCAUCACAUCACUAUGUUCCUCUGGCCAGAAGCAAUGCAACGCAAUGCUUCUGAUUCAUCCUCUCACCUCACUGUAAUUGAUGCCUUACCUUAAAGAAAAGUACUAACAGUAAUUGGUGUCCUACUAAACUAUUUUGCUUGGCUUAUAAUUCACUCGUGUCUUGUUUCUUAGUAAUUUGGUCACAGUUCACUAGCAUCGGUGCAUCAGUGUGGAGUCAUGUACACAUCAUCAUUUUGCUUGCUCUCUGAAGAAGCUUAGGCGUUCACUGACGGCACUGAGACUGA